AUGGACGCUCCGCUCCCCGCCCCGGCAACCAAGCACGUCGGCGCGCUGCAGCACCCCUUGCCGCGCAGCGACGUCGUCCUCACGCUGCAGCAGCGCACGGCGACGGCCGACGGCAAGAAGGACACGGGGACGACGGGCACGACGCUCUGGCUCGGCGGCCAGGUGCUCGCAGCGUAUCUCGCCUCGCUGCCCCCGCCGGCGCGGGGCACGGCCGCGGUCGAGCUCGGCGCCGGCGUCGGCUUCUUGGCGCUCUCGCUUGCCGCGAGCGGGUACGACGUGCUCGCGACCGAUGUCGAGCCUGUGCUGAGCACGGUCCUCGCGCCCAACGUUGACACGGGCGCGCGCCAGCUCCCCCGGGGGGCAGGCAGCGCCACAGCGGCGCUGAUCGACUGGGUCGCUGUUGCGGACGCUGUACGCGCCGGCACGCCGCCGUUUGCCAGCUUGAGCCCCGCAGCGGCAGAGCACAUUGCGCGCGCCGACGUCGUCGUGACGACCGACACCCUGUACGCGCCGUACCUCAUCCAGCCGCUAUGGGCGACGCUCAAGGCGAUCUGUGGGCCGAGAGACAAGCCGCCCGCAGUGUACCUCUGCCUCGAGCGCCGCGACCCGCGCCUCGUCGACGCCGGCCUCGACGCGGGCAGAGAAGCCGGCUUCGAGAUCCGUCGCGUCGCGCACGGCCGCGUAGCCAAGGCGCUCGAUCGCGCCGGGUGGAGAUGGGCUCCUGACGACUGGGCCGGCGUCGAGGUGUGGCGCGCAAAAUGGAAAGCCGCGGCAGCGGACGCAGGCGAGGCGUAG